AUGUCAACUCCCAAAGCAGUCGAUGCCUGGAUGCAACAUCCAACCAAGCGCUUUAUGACGGAUCCCAUUUUUGCUUCUUUACUCCGCUGGAAUCGUGUGGAUGUUACACCUCUGCAAAACGCCGAACAUCCUCUUUAUACACCGGAGAUGUCGAUGGCGAGUAUGGAGGCCGGGAGCGUCGAACUCGGUCUCGUUUGUGCAUGGUACAGUCCCGACGGGCCAAUGAUCUCCAAUGAGGAUGUGCGACAGAUCUGCGAGGAAAAACCGGACCGGUUCGUUGGUGUUGCCUCAGGCGACAUCCGCGACCCUGUACGAUGUGUAAGUGGGAUCAAACACUACGUGAAGAAUCACAACUUCAAGGCAGUCAGAGUGCUGCCAUGGCUGUGGGAAAGGUAUGCGGAUGAUCGUCUUUUCUAUCCAAUCUAUGCUGCUUGCGUGGAAUUGGGGGUCCCGUUGUGCUUGCAGGUCGGACACACAGGUCCGUUGAGACCCAGUGACAUGGGACGUCCAAUCCCUCAUUUGGAGCGAGUGCUGUUGGAUUUCCCAGAUUUAGUUGUGGUUGGCGGCCACAUCGGUGCUCCCUGGCUGGACGAGAUGAUAUUCCUGGCCGGAAAGUUCCCAAACCUCUACAUUGACACGUCCGCCUAUUUACCAUCACGAUAUCCACCUGCUUUGGUGGAGUACAUGCGCGGGCGUGGUGCCAAGCGCGUGAUGUAUGGAUCAAACUACCCGAUGCUGCAGCACCAGGCUAUUUACAAACAGCUUGGCACAUUGAAACUGGAUGAGGAGCAGACGGAGUUGUUUGUGAUCCACCGCUACCUUGAGCUGAAAAAGAAGUCCCCAAGUGAGCGUGCUUCCUUCCAGAAACGUGUCGUCUUGAUUGGUGGCAAGGCUGCCUCGGCAUAUGUCAAUGCUAAGAUCAUCAUCAAACUCAUCAACAAUGUGGCCAAGGUGAUCAACAAUGAUCCGGACACAAAGCAGUACCUCAAGUGUGCCUUCGUGCCGAACUAUUGCGUGUCCGCGGCGCAGGUGAUGAUCCCCGCAUCAGACAUCUCAGAGCACAUUUCCACUGCUGGAACAGAAGCCUCAGGCACGUCCAAUAUGAAGUUUGUCAUGAAUGGUGGCUUAAUUGUGGGAACGAUGGAUGGUGCAAACAUUGAGAUCAGAGAGGAAUGUGGUCAUGACACAAUGUUCAUUUUUGGCUGCGAGGAGCACCAGGUGGCAGGAAUUUCUGCCAGGGCGCAGGAGGGCCACUACCCCAUCGACAAUCGCCUGCAGGCGGUCUUUGAUGCGAUCCGGAAUGGCAAGUUCGCCGGACAGGCAGAGCCUGAAGCACAGAGUGAGUUUGAGUCGAUCAUCAGCCGCCUGUGUAAUACCCGUGCGGCAGGAACUUGGGACGGAGACAGGUACUUGGUCAUCCAUGACUUCCCAUCUUUCAUCGAUGCCCAGGCCAAGGUGGACGAGACCUACAAGAACCGAUCGCUUUGGUGCAAACUGAGCAUCCAAGCAGCAUCCUCCAUGGCGCAGUUCUCUACAGAUCGUACUAUCAGCGAGUACGCAAAGGCCUGUGAAUCCCGGACCACCUAG